UGGAGGAGAUGAUCCACUGUGGUUCCCUCCAACCCGACCCCUUCUGUGAUUCUGUGACACCGGCACGUUCUGUGCACUCCCUCGCUUGUGGCCUCUGGGGGAGUUUGGCCAGCGGGGCUCCCCGCUGCUGCCUCUCCGUGCCCCCUCAGCCGCCCCUCAGCCGCGGGAGCACGGCGCGAGCCCGGCCCGCGCGCGCCCGCCGGAACCGAUUCCGCGCCCUUCCGCCGCGGGGUCACGUGACGUCCCGUCGGUACCGCAAGAUGGCGGCGCCCAUGUUGGUGCCCGAGCCCCCCCUGGGGAAGCCGAGCCAUCAAAAGUACAGAGCUAUUCUGAAGAAGGAGAAGAGGAAAAAAAAGCGACAGGCACUUGCCAAACUAAGGGACUCAGAAGCUGCAGAAAAAGAUGAAUCUGUGUCUGAGGAGGAAGAGGAGGAAGUGGAAGGAGAGGAGGAAGAAGAGGAGGAAAAAAAACUUGAGGCAGAAAGACAAAAACUACAUGAGCAGUGGUUGCUGAGAGAAGAAAAGGCCCAAGAAGAAUUCAAGCUAAAGAAAGAAAAAGAAGAGGCUGCAAGAAAGCGUCAAGAAGAAGAGGAGAGGAAGAUCAAAGAAGAAUGGGAAGAGCAGCAAAGAAAAGAGAGAGAAGUGGCAGAGCAGAAGCAACAGGAGAAGAGAGAGAGAGAGGCAGCUGUGCAGAGGAUGCUGGAUCAAGCUGAAAGCCAGCUGGAGAAUGGUGUGAGUUGGCAUAACCCGGAGCCGCCAGAGAAUCUGGGAACAGAGAAGGAUAGAGCAAAUUGCCCAUUUUAUAUUAAAACAGGUUCCUGCCGAUUUGGAGACAGGUGUUCUCGCAAGCAUAACUACCCCACAUCUAGCAAGACACUGCUGGUGCGAGGGAUGUUCAUCACCUUUGGCAUGGAGCAGUGCCGCAGAGACGACUACGACACAGACGCCAGUCUGGAGUACAGUGACGAGGAGACCUACCAGCAGUUCCUGGAGUUCUAUGAGGAUGUGCUCCCCGAAUUUCAGAAUGUGGGCAAGGUGGUUCAGUUCAAGGUCAGCUGUAACUACGAGCCUCACCUGCGAGGAAAUGUGUACGUCCAGUACCAGUCGGAGAAGGACUGCCAGACAGCUCUGGCUCUGUUCAGUGGACGAUGGUAUGCAGGCAGACAGCUUCACUGUGAAUUCUGUCCUGUGACAAGGUGGAAAACUGCCAUAUGUGGCUUAUUUGAAAGGCAGAAGUGUCCAAGAGGCAAACACUGCAACUUUCUUCACGUAUUCAAAAAUCCAAACAACGAGUUUUGGGAGGCCAACAGAGACAUACGUAUUUCUCCUGAACGGACUCAUCAGUUGUCUAAAAACUCUGAGAGGAGAAACAGGUCGAGCCACCGUGACGACUACUACAGCCGGUCCAGGAGAAGGGGCAGCCCGAGCCCAGACCACUCCUACCGCAGGAACGGAGAGUCCGAGAGGAAAAAGAGUCGCCGCAAAAGCAAGAGGCGGCGCCGGUCGGGGAGGUCGAGGAGCCGGGAGAGGAGGAGGUCUCACAGCAGGGGCAGGAAGAGGAGAGGCCGCAGCCGCAGCAGGAGUCACAGUCGGACACGCAGCAGGAGCAGGAGCAGGAGCAGAAGCAGGAGUUCCUCUCGAUCCAGGAGCAGGGGUAAAAAGAGAUCAAGCAGCAGAGGAAAAAAUAGUGAAACUCCCAAAACAAAGUGAGAAUUACUUUCAGAAAUCACUAAUUGAUAAAAAUAGAGCUGACAAAAGAAAUCUUCCCAAUAGGGUACCAGAUAUAUUUGAAUUUCAAAUAAAGUGUUCUUGCACAUUAAAAUGUUUCUUCCUAAUAAAGGAACGUAGUUUACUGUGUGCGAAGCUUGAGAAAAUUAAAAGUUUUAAGUCCUAUAGAAGGUGUGAAUGUCAAGUACUCUAGCUACUCUGUCCCUCUGAACUGCUGCAACACCUGGAUGCACACUGAAUAUUAAUAGAGAAGUGAAGCCUCUUUGGUAUAUGCUUAUUUCUGUUGUGUGUAUGUUAAGUGUUUGCUGUUCCUGUAAGGAGUUAGUACAGAACAGCCCAUGUGCAGUAAAUGCACACCCCUGCACACUGCAGAUCCAGGUCUGUGUAGAUGACUGCCAUUUGUAUUUUCCUCUGUUUACUGGAAAUCGCUUUCUAGACAAAAAAAAUAUCAUCGUUUUCUGAGUUGGAGCAAAGGGAUCUCAAAGACAUCACUGUUUGAUUGUACUAUUCUUGCCCAGUAGGAGCUUUUUGGUCAUGAGUGUUGGAUUUUGCUCUGCCCUGACUGAGCUGCUGAGCUGAUUGCUUCUAGGGAUUGCAGUAGACUAAAACCAAGUAGCAAGUACACAAAGAAACAAUUGGUUUAUUCAGUACCUUAAUCCCCAAGUAAGAGUGGAGACCAGGCAACUGUAAUCCUCAAGUGAGAUUAGAAAUACUUUGCAUACCUCUUGGUUGCACACCAUUUGUAGGUGAAAACAACCUGCCUAACUUGUGCUGGAGGGGUGGAAAGUGUCCAUCUGGGAACCAAAAACAGGAUUGUGAAGGCUCAAUCAAGAUGGCUGCAGAGUGGCUGAAGAAACUGAAGGGUUUAUACAUGGAAGAAUACUUUAUGGCUUUGGGAGAGGAGGACUUGACUUACAGCCUUUCUGGGUUUAUUUUACAAAUAUUUUAAGGCACCCUACUGCCUUACGGCCAAGGUGAAGAGUAGGGUACACAAAAUUGAAAUUACUGGGACAAAACCUUGAAAUGACAGCUACAUUAGCAAAGUACCUGCAGUUCGAUAAAUGCUUACCAGUAUUUUUUCACUUUUAUUUGAAAGAUUUGUGCUGUUAGAUGUACUGUAUUUCACAUGGCUUAUCUUCAGGUUUUAACUUGGGCUUCAGGUGUCCUCAGGAGCUUGUGGCAUUGAAGUUGCAGGUGCCCUAACAGUGUGUAGAGAUACCUCCCUGUCUUUAGCCUCUCCAACGAACUGGGCUCCUGCCUUUAGAGAACCCAUCAGACCCCAUGAGUAAGAAGCCUAAAGCAGGCAUGAAGUGCUCCCAGAUAGGAAUCAAUUACAAUUCCCAGCAAUGUAACAUAAACUCCUUUAGAAUAUUUGGGUAUCUGAACUUUACCAACAGAAUUCCUCACAGUAAGAACGUUUUUCCUCAGAAUAGUUAAGAUUGCUUCUGGACAUGAUAUAUAUAUAUUUUUGCUUUUCUAAAUGCAUAGUGCACCUAGCAUGCUGAGUAUACAUUUUUCCUUUUCUUCAUGUGUAACUUGUCCAAUAUGGAGUAAUACAACAAAAGUGAUGUUCAGUUCAAACCCGACUUUCACUAUAUAUUGUCAUAACUGUAGGCAGAGCUGUAGCUUUGUUAAUUUGAUUAAAUGUUUUCGUUAUUAACAGAUGUAGGAAUUGUAAUUAAUUAACAUAACUUUUGAAAUAAUAACUUUUUUAAAAGGCAUAUUUCAAAGGAUAGCACUAAGUUUUUAAUUCCCUUUGAGGAAUUUGUUACUGCCAGUUUCUUAUAAUGUACUUUUUUCUCACCACACCUUAGAGACCAAUUUUCCCUGAGGUUUCUAUUUUUUUUAUAGACGCUCAGUUGUCUCGCUGGGUCACUUGCACCUCACGUGGCAGACUCUGGUUCAGUUUGCCACCGGCAGGUGGGUUUUAUCCUGCAUUCCCUGGGCUGCCCUGCUUCCCACAGCCCUGUGGUGGGAGAGCUGGCUGUGCACCCCGCGUCACGCAGCCGCCUGUCACGGGGCAUUAUCCCAGCAAACUCUGUUGCCCAGCUCAGUAGAGGUGGCCGAGUGGGUGAUGGGGACCUGUGACCAGUCAGGUGAAAUAAGCAAACCAGGCCUCCGUGGGAUUAGAAACUAAGGGCCCACUAGCAACCAUGUGAGAAUUCCAUGGGUAAUUAGGCUCCUUGUCCUCAUAGUUUUGCAACAGGAUUUGGGAAGCUUAGUGGCUGUAUUUAAAAUACCAAACCAAAAAACCAAACUUGCUCAGAAAUGCAUGUAAAAAUUUAAAUAUACUUUAUUUCUGCUACUACAAUGGCUGAAGCUUCAGCUUGCUUGAGGUCUGGACCCAAAUGUUCUGUCUGUACCUGUGCAGUGUAGGACUGGUAGCUGUGAUUGCCCUUCACUUUCACACACUGUCUUGUUUAUUACACAGAAUUAGAGUGCUGUAGAUCUGACAUUUAGCUUGCAUUUGUUAGCAUGAAACCUGGGAUUCCACCAGUUUUCCAACUUCAGAGUUUGUGUUUUUCAGUAUUGUUUCUCUGCUUCAUAACCUUAAGUAGUGUUAUAUGCAUGGUUUUGUGUUUCCUUAUUAUUAUCUGAGUGAGCUAUUUUAUUCUGGAGAGACAAACAGACUAGAAGUUUUUUAAUGUUAAGCUUAAUUAUUUUCUUUCCCAAGCGGAAAAAGCCUGAGAUGAAGACAGAAAGGAUUUAAAUUUCUAAGGAACAUCCUAUUCCCAUUGCAUGUUAUCCCACAUAUUCCACAGAAAAGGACCUUAUAAAGUGAAUUAAUAUGGGCCAAGUUUUGUUUUGUCUUUAUCGAGUACUUAAAAGCAGCAGCUUUCAAAAUAGUUUUUUUUCAGUUGUGAAUUCUGCAGGGAUCACGGAGGUGUUUUGGAGUAGUUCUGGCAUUUACGCAGAGGUUCAGGGUGGCAGUGCCAGGGCCUGCCACUGCCCAACUUCAGUCAGGACGGGGAGCAGGUGCUGCUCCUGCCCCUCAGUGGAGGGGGAGCAGCCCAGGCAGGCAGCAGCACAGGGGGAACCCCUGUAGGCAUGGGCACUGCUGCUGCCCAGCAGAACUAAGGCAUCAGGGAACUGCGCUUAACCCCUUGCAGCAGAGGGCCUUCCCUCCAACUGCAGCUGGUGGCCACUUCUGGGGGAUUCAUUCCCUGUCUGCCCGCCCGGAGUAGCAAACCCCCAUCAGGGUUGAGGAGGGGUGCUACAUGUCUGUGUGUUGGAUGCAAGGCAUUUCCUUUGCACACCCAACAAGGCCUUCCCUUCCCUCUCUGGCCCCAGCCCUUGCGUACAGGGCAUGUUGUCCAAAAUGCAGCCCAAGUGAUCCCUCCCCCCCUUCUCUGCCCUGUGGUGGCAGCGUGGCCGUUUUGCAUCCUGUCUGGCAUGAGCACAUUCCGUGUAUUGGAAACUGCCCUCUGGUUUACUGUCACAUUCCUGUGCACUAAAUGACCUGGGUUUUUUCUAAAGACAUGAAGAGUUUGCUAAAAGAUGCUACUGCUUCCUGUCCUGGAUCAGCACUUCUUACAAAACAUGAAAGAUGGACGUUUACAAUUAGUUAACCUAAGAGCUUAAUUUACUUUCUUACAUCAUCCAAAGAGUGCAGCUCAUUUUGUUUUCUGUAAGGCUGUAAUUAAAAUAAACCCCAAUUAUUCCACAUAUAAUCCUGCUCAGCACUGAUGAAUGAGGUGAAUUCAGUAUCUAUGGCUGAAACUCAGAACUGAUGUGACAUGGACAGGCAACACCGUGUUGAGCCAUGGGACAGGCGGCAAAGCAAGCUGGACAAGCGUAACCUCCAGAAGCAGCCACAGGGUGACAAUCAUUGUGGCCUUACCCCGACGUUUACAAAGGCCUCUUCGAGUUGAAGACUUACGUCAGUGAAGCUGAAGACACUCAAGACAACAAUCAACUUGCCUGAACAAUCCAGAAAUUCCUACUUGUUCUUUAGCUCCCCUUCCCCACAAGACAGGAAAUUCAAAAACCGAGAUUUUAUUAUAAAUUAAUUUCAGAAAUACCUGAAGAUGUUAAUUUUCCCCAUGCUUUUGCUGAUAACAUCCAGCAGUUCAGUUCUUUUAGAAAGGUUGAGAACAGAUUCAUCUGAUAUAUUCUUGACUGAGACCAGGAUUGUAAACAUUGCACUGACUUGCUCAGAAUUCUGUGAACAGAAUAUUGUCUGUAUUAUCCAGAAAUCUCUCUCAACAUAUGGUUUAAUUUUCAAAUGAAAUGGUACUACCCCAUCAAUUUAACAUCCACUUAAAUAAAUUUCAUGUUUAAUGUGGCAAGCUUUCCAAAAACUUGCUAAUUUAUUGCUUUCUCUACAAUUUAAAUGGAUGUAAAUAACUAAACUUGGACACAGUAUCCUCAACAUUUUUUAAUGAAGUGCUCAAGAACAGGUUAAGCACUGUAAUAAAAUUUCCCUUUUUUUAAGACA